AUGCAGCUCGCGCGCGCGCAUCUUGAAUGUGAACUUGACGGCCUCCGCUGGACCGCUGCGCUCAAUGCCGAAAAAGCUGCCAUUAUGAUGAAGCGCAAACUCCACAAGCUCCUUCGCAGCUUCGCCCAUCGGCACUUCUGGCGGCACACCUGGCGCACCGCACUCUGCCGCCUCCGGUCACGCGAAUUCACGUCCGUCGUCCGCCCCCUACCCGCUCGACCUGCCAACAUGGAAGGCUCCCCGGCGUCAGGCAUGCCUACCGCGUCGUGCACAAAGGGGUUCAAGUGCGCAUCAAUGGCUGCACGUUCAAACGGCAGCUCAAACGGCAGCCUGCUCCCGUUCCAACUUCCUCCGGUGCCUGCCAGGACUCGCGGCGGCACGCCCAACAGGAGAACGAUGACCCCAACCCUCCCAUCCAACCGGAAGGGACUCUCGUUCGAAUUCCAGAAGGUGGUGAUGCGCGUGCGCGCGGUGUUUUGA